GGAGGGCCCUCCGGAAGUGGCCUAUGUUCCUCGGCGUGCUUGGGUGCUGAGCUGCUAGUGAUCGUGAAGGGCUGCAGGGACAGUUUAAGGGCAAAGACCGGCGUGUUGGUUCAUGCAAAGGAAAUACAAACUGGAUCGGUGACAUUCCAGGAUGUGGCUGUGGACUUCACCCCAGAAGAGUGGCAGCUGCUGGACUGUGAUCAGAGAACCUUGUAUUGGGAUGUGAUGCUGGAGAACUUUAGAAACCUCACCUCAGUGGAAGUUAUCUGCUUACUUGAUGAUGCACUAGAGAGACAGGAGGGAAGCAAAGACAAUUUUUUGAAUCAAGAUAUGUUCACCUUCAAGAAAACACUGACCAUGAAGAGAGUCCAAAAUCGUAACCUGAGUAUAAAAUUUAUUUCUACAAGACAAACACAACAUAAAUGUGAGUCAAAUGGAAAGAGUCUGCAACCUAAUUCACACUGGCUUAGUUAUAAUAAAAGUUAUACUGGAGAAAAUUCUUAUGAAUACAAAGACUGUGGAAAAGCCUUCAAAAACAAGUUUUGUCUUAUUAGACAUGAGAAAAAAGCACAGAAGGAAAAAAAGCUUUGGCUGCACUGAAUGUGGGAAAGCCUUCCAAAAGAGGUCUCAUCUUGUUAGACAUGAAAAAAAGCAUACAAGAGAAAAAAACCCUUUGAAUUCAAUGACUGUGGGAAAGCCUUUAACAGUAAGGGACGCCUUAUAGCCCAUCAAAAAAUUCAUAGUGGAGAGAGAUCCUUUGUGUGCAGUGAUUGUGGGAAAGCA